UCAUGAUGUUUUGUUUUUUUUUUUUUAAACAUUUUGAGAAUUGCGAAAAUAAGUCAUUUGAAUUAUCAACGUUUUUUUGUUAUAGAUAUAAUUUUUGUUUAACGUUAAAUAUUAGUUUAGUUUCCGUUUUACUUUUAGUUGCUUAAUGAACUAAAAUGCAUAUUAAACAUGUAUGUAUCGAAUUCGAAAUAUACGUAUUGUCAUGUCAAGUUUAUAUAACGUUUUCUGACAAUGUACCUAUUGACUAUGACAUCGAAAUCCAUCUAAAAUCAAUUACAAUUACAUUAGCAGAAAAGAAUACGUACAUUUUAAAUGUUAAAGAAUAUACUUUUGAAGAAAAUGAUGUUAGAGACAUUAAAGUUUAUGGCAAUAAACUGUUGUUUCGAGCUCAAUUAAAUAGUUGCCCCGAAACUGAAUCAUCUUGCUUCUCAUUCACGCCUGAAUACAUGCCCAAAGUAAAAAAUUCUGAAGAAGUCAACAUUAUUUGUUGCUCAUGUCAACAAGUAUUUAAUAGUAAACCAUUUAGUAUUCGUAGAGUCUUACCUGUAGAAUUAUUUGAAGUUGAUCAUAUGUUUUGCCACGGAGGAACAGAUAACUUAGUGUUCCGACCUCAAGACGAGGACUGCUACUAUGACAAAGUAUCAAUUUAUAUUAGAGACAAACAUCAGAUUUUAUCCAAUUCCAUUAAGUGUGAAAAUUGUAAUUUGUGUCUAGGCAUUUGUGAUGAUUAUGGAUUAAGAUUUUGGUUGGAUUCAAUCAAUAUUAUGUUCGAAAAUUGUGAUGUACAAACAUAUGCUUCAUCAUUUGAUUGUUUUGUUAUUUUAGUAGAUGAUAUUAUUAAAAAAAUGCUUGGACCAAUUUCACAUGUUAUAAUGAAAUAUAAAGAUUCUAAGAAUUUAAAUCAUCAUAUAUUAAUGAAAAUUAUAAAAAAAAAUGAAUUUGCCAUUGCUUUUAAUCCUAACUGUAAAAAUGUCCUUUCACUUGAUCGAAGAAAUUGCUCAAGUAUUAUUUGGCAUACAUCUUCUGAAUUUGUUGACCAAUGGAGGAAUAAUUAUUUUAUCACAGAAAUACAAAUAUCAGAAAGAAUGUAUCAAAGUGCUGUUCAGAAUUUAUCUGAAAUUAACAAACAAUUUUUAAUUGGAAAUUGUUUCACAGGAAAUGAAAAAUCAAGGAAAUCUUAUUUGUUUAACGACAUUGUUCAAUAAUUUUAUAUUAUGCAAAUGAUAUUAUAAAACUAUAACUAUAACUACUAUUCAUUUAUUAAAAUCUAACAACUAUAUAGGU